AUGUUAGAUAAAACACAAACAACAGCAAAACAGAUUGUAUCCUUAUUAAAGGAUUUAGAAGGAUAUUUCAAUGAUGAACAAAAUCAAUUAAAAGAAGAGAUUGAUGGUUUAGAAGUAAGAAGAACCAAGGUCAAUGAAAUUAAAAAGAUUAUAGAUGAUACAAUGAUUGCAGAUCCAAUCACACUAAACAUUGGAGGAAAGAAAUUUCAAACCUCCAAAGCAACUCUAACACGUAUCAAAGGAACCUACUUUGAUGUAAUGUUGUCUGGUGAAGUUAAUAUCAAACCAAUAGCCGAUACCACAAAUACAUUCUUUAUUGAUAGAGAUGGAUCAAAUUUCAAAUACAUAUUAAAUUAUCUUCGUGAUGGUGAUAUCAAUGUCAUUCCAAAGGAGGUCAAAUCAGAGGUUGAAAGAGAAAUGAAAUUCUAUAAAAUCGAUUUACCUCUGCCACCUAUACCACCUUCACCAUCUACUUUGAUUGAAGAAUCACAUUUUGAACUGAUCAAUAAUUGGAUUGGAAUUAAACAUAGUUUUGCUUUAUUAUACAAGGGUUCAAGAGAUGGAUUUGAAGCAUCAAAUUUCCAUCAAAAGUGUGAUGGAAAGGGUAAAACCAUUACAUUGAUUAAAUCAGGUGAUGGCAAUAUAUUUGGUGGUUACAAUAGUCAGUCUUGGAAUUCCAAUGGACAAUAUUAUGGUGACGGAUCAUGUUUUCUAUUCACAAUAAUCAACAAACAAGAAGGUUUGGCUUCUACAAAGUUUCCAGCUCACUUUGGAUUCCAAAAUAUUCAAGGAUCAGCACAAGCAGGGCCAAUAUUUGGAACUAAUGAUAUUAUUAUAUCUGGCAACCCUACAACACUAAGCAAUAUGAUUGGCUUCCCUCGUAACUAUUCAGAUACAACUGGAUUGGGAUACCGAGCAUUUACCAGCACUACUACAUUCAAAGUUGAAGAGAUUGAAGUUUUUGUAGCCACCCAUAUUAAUAAAUAA